AUGUCAGGCGUUUACCAAUUCAGAAAGUUGCUCAAGUCAUCUGAGAAAUAUCACGCUUCCAAGGCAUCAUCGUCCACAGCCAAAAGUGAGACCCUGCGCCAGCUGCAUAGCAUCCCCGGAAUUGGGCCCUCUGUUCCACGUCAAGACCCAACCAAGCAGCCUGAAACCCAAGCAUCAGCUGCAGAUGCUCAAUUCCCUGCCUCUGUCUUCCAUGCUGAUCAGCUUGAAGGCUUCGAAACAUCUGAUCCGCCCCAGCCCCAGCACACCCGAUCCGCACUGUUCAUAGGGGUCAUUCCCAUAAGCUUGGAUGACUCGAAAGUUACAGUAGCCUGCACACCCCUGGAGGCUCGCCGGUCUAAUCAUGCCAUGAAGCGUGCGAAGCAGCAUGCGCAUUGGGAUGGUACUGUGCUCCCACAACUAAUACCUGUGUACACGCAAUGGAAACGUUUGCAUCAUUCCGGGGUCUCACCUGUGGCAGAUGCUUGCAAUUGUGGGUGUGGCCACCAGCCACUCAAAGUCACAUGUGUGCACUUUGACUGGAAGGAAGAGAUUCUUCUUCUUGUUUGUGAUGUUCGUCCAUCUUACAUUCAACUCAUCGAGUGA